CAAUCAUCCAUCAGCAACAGCCAAAGCCGGCAUAGCUACCACCACUCAUGCCUCAAAUUUCACCGGAACUUCCUCGGAGAUGAUUUUUCGCUGAUCAUCUCGCAUCUUUCGAGCUUGCUUUUUCAACAAGAUUUGCAGUCAGUUUCUCCGCAUUCUUCGUUUCUGCAGUAGCAAGUUUAAUGUUUAUCUUGGUUUGAGUUCAGUUAAUGUUUAUUUGCAAUGGAUUUUUUUGGAGUAUUUUUAGAGCCUCAGAAUUCAGAAUUAUAUAAAAAAUAAGAGCUGAUUGAGAAUUCAGUUCUUCAUGUGCUUGAGAUGUUUAUCAUUGAUCCUUUCUUCUCUCGGAUUGAUUUUGCUCCUGAACUCUGGAAAGAUCUGUUUCUUCCAUACAUGGGCUCAAUUGUUGGGUGGUAUUCAGAGUCCAGACAUAGGCUUAUGAUGGAAGUUAUUCCCGCUUCUUCUUCUGAUUUGUCCUUCGCUUUUGAUUUUGAUCAAUUCUUCAUUGAGUCUGUGGUUUUCUCCAUGAGGCCAGAUCAAAUGGAGAAACUGAAGGUAAUUCCAAUAUUGCCAAUUUCGGAACCACCUAUGAGUAGUCUACAUGAGGUGAGCUUGUCAAUUCCUGAUUAUGUAAAAUUUGGUCCUAUAUUGCCCAAGAGUGGGGAAUUUUCUCCAGUUUUCAGAUCUAAACGUGGUGAAAGAGAAGACUCCAGAACGACCUUAAAUUCGGCCAUGAUAGAGGAUCUGGACGAGUCUGCUACAUGGUUUCCUCAAGAUGUGCCAGAGGAGAAUGAAGAUGAGUCUGAUUAUGAGCCUAAUGAUGCUUAUGCAGAUGUUGAAGAUAGAUUUCAAGAGGUGGUAUAUGUUAAAGUGGUGAAACAGGACAAAGAUAAGGAAAUUGGCUCGGCGGUAUUUUCUCUCUCAAGCAAGGCAGCAAGAGGAUCAUUUCCAACGGGAUUCGACAUCCAACACAUUACCAUCAACAAUGACUUCAUAUUUACAGCCACAAGAGUUGGGAUUAUUGAGGUCUGGUUAAAGGAAAGAAUCACCAGAGUUGAUUCCAUCAAAAUUCGCAAUGGAGGGAAUGCAAAGAUCAUAGCCUUGACAUCGGAUAUGGAUGGAGCAAUGCUUUACGCUGGAACUUCUGACGGUAAAAUCCAGGUUAGAACUUAAACCAUGCCUCUAGGAAAAUAUGGAUUAAAAGAAUAAUCCUUUCCCGCACUGCUCAUUGUAUUGUUGUUGCAGGCUUGGUCUCUGGACUAAAUAACAAGAGAUCUGUUGC